AUGAACCACCAUUGUCGCCGCCCUCUCCUUCUCCUCCUCCUCUUCUUCUUCUUCUUCCGCUUACUCUCCGCCGAUGCUCUUCCUUCACAGCUUGUUUCACUUCUUUCUCUAAAAUCAUCUCUUGUAGACCCUCUCGAUACGUUCCAUGACUGGGAGACAUCCAAACCUGGACAACAACCCGUUUGGUGUUCCUGGUCCGGUGUCAAAUGCGACCCCGAAACCUACCAGAUUAAUUCAUUGGACAUCUCUAAUCGGAAUCUUUCAGGCACGAUUCCGGCAGAAAUCGAAUACUUGACCAGCUUACGUCAUUUGAAUAUAAGUGUGAACCAAUUCGCCGGAACUCUCCCGACGGCAAUCUUCAACCUGCCUUUUCUUCAGACUCUUGAUAUCAAUCAUAACCUUUUCAGUUCAGCGUUUCCACCGGGUAUUUCCAAAUUGAAGUGUCUUUCAUACUUUGGUGCUUAUAGUAACAGCUUCACUGGGCAAUUGCCAACGGAGUUUGUUCGGUUGAGGUUUCUAGAGCACCUUAAUCUCGGUGGAAGCUACUUCGAAGGUGAAGUUCCUAAGUGUUAUGGCAGGUUUCAACGGUUAAAGUUCUUAUACCUCGCUGGAAACAAUCUCAGUGGUCAAAUUCCAGAUGAGUUAGGUCUUCUAACGUCGCUCCAGCAUUUAGAAAUUGGAUACAAUGCAUUCACAGGCAUAGUUCCGAUGAAGUUUGCUUCUUUAUCCAAUUUGUCAUUGCUCGACAUUUCUAAUGCUGGUCUUUCUGGCGAAUUUCCGAUUGCUGUUACGAACAUGACGAAGCUGAAAACAUUGCUAAUUUUCAAAAAUAAUUUUCACGGUGAAAUUCCGGCAGCUAUCGGCAAGCUGCAAUCCGUCGAGAUUCUAGAUUUGUCCAAUAACAACUUUUCAGGGAGCAUACCGGAGGAAAUUUCAUCACUCAAGAAUCUUACGCAAUUGAGUCUAAUGAACAAUAAAUUCACCGGAAUCGUUCCAGAAGGAAUUGGUGAGCUUCCGAGGCUCGAAUUUCUGUUUCUCUGGAACAAUUCUCUCACAGGAAUUCUGCCACAAAAGUUAGGGUUGAAUUCAAGGUUACAGAAACUCGACGUCUCAUCAAACUCUCUCUCCGGUCCACUUCCACCGAAUCUGUGUCAUGGCAACAAUCUAGGAAGAUUACUUCUCUUUUCAAACAAGUUUUCCGGCGCUCUUCCACCGUCUCUAGCAAAUUGCACAUCGUUGUACAGGUUUCGCAUCCAAGAUAACAGAUUCAACGGAUCAAUCCCUGCCGGCUUUGGAAGUUCGCCUAACAUUACUUACAUGGACAUGAGCGCGAACAAUUUCUCUGGACCAUUUCCGGCGGAUUUAUUCAAUGCAGUUCAGUUAGAGUUACUAAAUGUAUCGGAAAAUUCGUUCGACGAUCUGUUGCCGGAAAAUAUCUGGAGCGCUCCGAGUUUACAGAUAUUUUCGGCAAGUUAUAGUCAACUUAGAGGUAAAAUUCCCAACUUCAGGGACUGUAAAAACAUCUACAAGAUCGAAAUCGAAGGGAACGAAUUGAGCGGUAGCCUUCCUUGGGAUAUCGAUCACUGCCUGAAGUUAAUUUCACUGAACUUACGACGUAAUUCAAUUUCUGGCAUCAUACCAUGGGAAAUCUCCUCUCUUCCUUCGAUAACCGAGGUUGAUCUAUCACAUAACCUUCUUUCUGGUACCAUUCCUUCUUCUUUCGGUAAUUGCAGUACGUUAGAAGGCUUCAAUGUUUCAUAUAAUCAGCUAACCGGACCGGUGCCUUCCACGGGAAUUGCGUUUUCAAGCCUUCAUCCGUCGUCGUUCAACGGAAACGAAGGCCUCUGCGGCGGAGUCCUUCGUAAACCCUGCAGCACGGAAAAAGAAAACGAGGUAAAACCACAACAUCCAAAAAAGACCGCCGGAGCAAUCCUGUGGAUAAUGGCUGCAGCAUUUGGUAUAGGUCUCUUCAUCCUCGUCGCCGGAAUCCGGUGCUUCCGUGCAAACUACCAACGACGGUUCAUUGUGGAAGAAAAGGAAAUCGGGCCGUGGAAACUAACCGCCUUCCAACGCUUGAACUUCACGGCUGAUGACGUGGCCGAUUGUUUAUCGAUGACCGGUAAGAUCAUAGGGACAGGUUCCGCUGGAACCGUUUACAAGACAGAGAUGCCAGGUGGCGAGAUCAUAGCCGUUAAGAAGCUGCGGGUGGUUGUCCACCGUGAUCUGAAGCCAAGCAAUAUUCUAUUGGAUGGAGAGAUGGAAGCGAGGGUGGCGGAUUUUGGGGUCGCCAAGCUCAUCGAAUGCAAUGAAUCAAUGUCGGUGAUUGCAGGGUCCUAUGGCUACAUUGCCCCCGAAUAUGCAUACACUCUACAAGUUGAUGAGAAAAGUGAUAUAUACAGUUUUGGGGUCGUUUUAAUGGAAUUGAUUAGUGGUAGGAGAUCGGUGGAGUCUGAAUUUGGGGAUGGUAACAGCAUUGUGGAUUGGGUGCGGUCGAAAAUCAAGACCAAAGAAGGGACAAACGAAGUGUUGGAUCAAAAUGCAGGUGGUGCUUGUAGUCGGGUGAGAGAGGAAAUGAAGGUUAUAUUGAAGGUAGCAUUGCUAUGUACAAGUAGAAACCCGCCGGACCGGCCUUCGAUGAGAGAUGUGGUGUCGAUGCUACAAGAAGCCAAGCCGAAGAGGAAGUCGCCGGAAGAUGGUGGUAGAGUGGUGGUUAAUGGUGGUGGUAAACCUCCGGCACAAAAGUGUACCAGUUGAAUGUUAAUAGAUCUUCUUUUUCUAAGUGGUGGGGAUUGGUAUAGAAGUAUUCUUUUUUUUUUUUUCUUUUUUCUUUCUUUUUUUAAGGCUAUCAAUGAAAAAUCCAUGUGUUC